UGCACAUCACUUUAUGCACUUUUCCUAUUAUUUCCGUACUUUAACACUCUUUAACAAAUUUAUUAACAAAAUCAAUUUUUCGCUAUCAAUUUCUUUAUCAACCUACCAAAGCUCUUCUGUCUGACUCUUAACCAACUUUUACUAAUAAUGCUAAGAUUAUUAAUUAAUUCUUUAAUUUCGUCACAAAAGAUUUUAUUUAUAAUAAUUUACGUGUACAUUACUUCGUUAUGAACCAUCUAUCUCACCAUUUACAUCGUCAAAAUCAAAAUUAUCGUUCUUACCGAUAGUCAGCCUUGUCGUACAUCACUGGCCACGUUUCUAUGGAGUUUACCGCGUUCUCGAAUUUAAUCAAUACUUCUCUCCAGUCGUGUGUCGAGUCGAGCUUUUUCAAGCAAAUUGGCAUUGAAAAAAUAGGGGAAAAAAAGAGAAAGAUGUCUGUGAUCUUUUCUUCAAAUUUUCAAGAAUCAUGAACAACACGCGACGCGUGUUCGUGUUGAUGAGCAAAUAAGAAGGAAGAAACGUGACAGAUCGUUGCGAGGUGUGCCGGAUUUUGUGGUUAUUCGACACGGAUUAAUUCUCGUUGUUGGAGGAUUGUGUGAAAAUGAAGAGACAAAAUGUUAGAACUUUGUCAUUGGUAGUGUGCACGUUCACGUAUUUGUUAAUUGGUGCCGCGGUGUUUGAUGCUUUGGAAUCGAACACUGAGAGGAAACGGUGGGAGUUUCUUUCGGAGGUUCGUCGGAACAUGAUGAAGAAAUACAAUAUCACGCAGGAAGAUUAUAGAAUGCUGGAGAUUGUAAUAAUAGAAAACAAGCCGCAUAAAGCAGGUCCUCAGUGGAAAUUCGCUGGUGCCUUUUAUUUCGCCACUCUUGUACUCGCUAUGAUAGGUUACGGACACUCGACGCCAGUCACCAUAGGAGGUAAAGCAUUCUGCAUGGCGUACGCCAUGGUGGGCAUUCCUCUGGGUCUGGUAAUGUUCCAAAGUAUCGGUGAACGUUUGAAUAAAUUCGCCUCGGUAGUAAUCAAGCGGGCGAAAACUUACAUGAGAUGCAAGAAAACAGAAGCGACUGAGAUGAAUCUGAUGCUCGCCACUGGUUUACUUUCGAGCAUAAUUAUCACGACUGGAGCGGCUGUAUUUUCGCGUUACGAGGGAUGGAGCUAUUUUGAUAGCUUCUAUUAUUGUUUCGUUACUCUAACUACCAUUGGUUUUGGCGAUUAUGUCGCAUUACAGAAUGAUCAUGCACUUUCUAAUAAACCUGGAUAUGUGGCCUUAAGCUUAGUUUUUAUCCUAUUUGGCUUGGCCGUCGUUGCUGCCAGUAUAAACUUGCUCGUACUUCGUUUUAUGACAAUGAAUACCGGUGAUGUUCGUCGAGAAGACAACGAACUUCAACCGGCUUCUCAUCAUGUUUUAACACUGGAUGGCGAGGUGGUUGCAGUGAAUGGAAAAAUAUUAGCCAGCCAUGUGCCCAUAGUUCAUGACACAGAUGACUGUGUGAGCGUGUGCUCGUGCACCUGUCUAGGACCACCUAAUACCGAGCUUCUGGACCAAGGUUAUCAAGGAUACAGACCUCCUUCGACCUCAAGCAUUCGCGUAAAACGUGCAUCAGUCUGAUGGAAGGAGUUUCGUCGUCGCAGUUUACGUCGUCGAUUAUCGAGAGCUGAUAGCAGAGAACUACUUGGUAUCGACGUAUAAUAAAUCGACUCAAAAUAGAUGUGAACACAUGGAAAUGGUCCGUGUCGAUGAAUGGAAUGAAAAUGGAAAUAAUUUUAUAAUUGGAAUUUUAAUGAAAUUUUUGAGAGAUGAUUCAAUUUGGACCGAUAUUUGAAAUUGUGUUCUUUAGGACACAAUUGUGUAUCUUUUGAGGACAUUUGAGGACUUAUUCACGCUCAGUCAACAAUUUUUGAAGAGAUUUUAACGAGAGAAACGAGUGAAGUAUGUCUCGAAUACGAAAAAUAAUUAUUCGGCUCAUGUUGUAAUAUUAUUACAUUAGACAUAGAAACGAAGAAGAGAGUGUUUGAUCGUUUGUAAACGAUUUUAUAACGAUUUCGUACAUUUCGUAUCGUACCAUUGAUAUCUGACAAAUUUUGAACCGAAAUAUUGUGUCGUAUUUAUUGGAUAAUUAUAAGAAUGACGAGAACUAUAGAUUAGUCGCAAUGUAAAGAUUAUUAAAAAUUGAAAUUGGAGGAUUGCUUUGUGAUUAACACUUAUUUGAUAAUUAAAUUUUCUAUUAUUAUUUUAUUAUUCUUUAUUAUUGAAUUUUUAUUAAAAUUCCAUGAAAUAACUUUUACUCAAAAUAUAUUUUCAAAAAUGCAAAAUUAUAAAAUUUCUCUUUCAGAUAAAAAUUGUUUAAUUUGUUAUAUUUUUCUUUACAGACUGUUUGAUUAUUGUCGUGUAUAAUAUGAAACAAAGCAAUCUUCAUAAAAGACAAAGUAAUUCCGCUUUAUAAAAGGAAAAAAAAAAUGAAAAACUCGGAUAUUUGUUACGUAUAAAAUAUGAACAAUAUCCAAGCUUCGUAACGUGAUUGUUAAACAUAUAUAUAUACGACUUGAUGUUUGUA